AUGUCGGCUCCACACUGGACGAAAACCAUGCGCGGAGCACUCCUCAUCGGCGUCCUGGCCUCGCUGGCCUCGAGCGCUGCACUACCAUCCCCGCGCGGCGAUGAUGGCAAGCCCACCCAGGCCCAGGUGAUCAUCCUCGGCGGCGGUAUCGCCGGGAUCUCGCUCGCGCGGUCCCUCAUCACCGACCACAACGUGACCGACAUCCUGCUGCUCGAGGCGCGCGACGAGCUCGGCGGGCGCGCGCACACCGAGACGCUGUACUCGAACGCCACGGGCCAGAGCGUCACCGUCGAGAAGGGGUGUAACUGGAUCCAAGGGCCCGGGAAGGAGCCGAUCCUCGAGCUCGCCAAGAAGUGGGGCCUGCAGACCGCGCCGCAGAACUACUCCGACGUCACAUGGUACCAGGGGCUCGGGAUCGAGGCCGACGGCGCGCAGGGCCACUUCCUCGACGACGCAGAGCAGCAGGAGUUCAUGGCGGGCUACGACAACUUCCUGGCCAAUGCUCCGGGGUACUCGACCUGGCGGCAGAACAACUCGCUCGUCGACCUGAGCGUCCGCGUCGCGACGUCCAUCAUGGACUGGAUCCCCGUCAACCCGCUGCAGCUGGCGUACGAGUACUGGAACAUCGACUACACGUUUGCGCAGCCGCCCGAGAUGUGCAGCUUUGAGAAUGCGUUCGGGCAGGAGGCGGGCAUCGCGGACCAGCAGGACGACUUUGUGAUUGACCAGCGUGGCUACAAGUACAUCUUCGUCCAGGAGGCGCGCGAGCUCUUCGGCCAGGACCUCGACGACCCCCGCCUCCGUCUCUCGACGACAGUGCAGACGAUCGACUGGUCGGCCGCCGAGUCGGGCGGCGACAUUGUCGUCCACACCGACUGCGGGAGCUUCAGCGCGCCACACGUCGUGUCGACCUUCUCCGUCGGCGUCCUCCAGCACCAGGACGUGCACUUCACGCCUCGUCUCCCCGACUGGAAGAAGGAGGCCAUCUUCACCUUCGGCAUGGCUACGUAUCAGAAGAUCUUCUUUUUGUACGACCAGCAGUUCUGGGGUGAUGAGCAGUACAUCGUGUACGCCGACCCCGACCAGCGCGGCCGCUACGCCGUGUGGCAGAACAUCAACGCGCCGGGCUUCUUCCCGCAGAACACGACCAACAACAUCAUCAUGGUGACGGCCACUGACACCUUCGCGCGGCGCAACGAGGAGCUGAGCGACGACGAGAUCCAAGCCGAGGCGUUCGCGGUCCUUCAAGAGAUCUACGGCGCCGACAUCCCGCAGCCAGCCGAUAUCCUUGUGCCGCGGUGGACCUUGGACCCGCUCUACCGCGGCUCGUACUCGAACUGGCCGAUCGGCGCGCUGGACCAGCACCACGCCAACCUCGGCCAGCCGCUCGGCAGCGGCAAGGUGUGGCUCCACUUCUCGGGCGAGGCGAUGAGCGAGGAUUCGUUCGGGUACGUCCAGGGUGCUUGGGACGAGGGCAUCAACUCGGCGAACACGGUCGCGGCGUGUCUGGCCGGCCAGUGCCCUGCCGCCGAGGCGUUCGAGGCCCUCACUACCUGCGCUCAGAGCGGCACGGCGCUCACGCGGCGCGGAGCACCCACCCGCCGGGGCCACGGCCGCUCGGUGCGCCGCCAUGCUUAG